AUGUUAUCAUUGAAACGAUUGGAACUGAAGUGGUUUUGGCCAGAAUUUAUUCUACCAAAUGUUUCAACACCGUCAACCAUCGAGUAUUUAACAGCUUCAGAUGGCUGGACAGUUAAACAGCUCAUCCAAUUUUUAAAAUAUUUACCAAAAUUAAAACGAUUAAUUACUAACAUUAAGGAAGAGAAAGACGGUAGUGAUGGUGAGUUUGAGCAUAUAUUGAUCGUAUCCAGAAUGUUGGUAUAUCAUUUAGAAUUACGUGGAUCAUAUUAUUCAUCAUUAUAUACAAUCAAAUGUUUAUUUCAGUGUUUUUCUCAAUUAGUAGUCUUCUGGAGUGGAUGCACACAAAAUAUAACUGUAAUGCACUCCUCCGAAUGGGAACGAUUAAUUUCAAAAUAUUUGCCACUACUAGUAAAAUUAUAUUUACACAUUACUCUAUAUGGUGAUAGUGCAUCAUCGCUAGUUGUCGAAGAUGUUUUACCUAAAACAGAUUUUUGGAUUAAACGAAAAUGGUCUCUUGAAUAUAUAAAAUUUGAUGAUCAGGUUUACUGCAUUGUUAAACCAUAUAAGACGAUAUGA